AUGGAUGACUUGAAGCGCAUACUGCUGUUUACUAAUAGUGACCUCGGUCAAGCCAACGUAGUCCUCGCUACAGCUCACGAGCUCGGUCUGGCCUGCGAACAUGUCGAAAUCCAUAUCGCUUCAUUCCCAGACUUGAGAAGUGGAGUGGAUGAUGCCUCAAAAUUCAUGCAAGUAACUGCAACCCAACAGAAGAAGAAAGUUCCCCGACCCUUUGUGUUUCACGAGAUCGAAGGAACAAGCUGGGGACCGGCUACCAAGCGUCCAGAAACGGCAAUCUUCGAAACGCUCGAGCUGACACCUGGACUCGUGAACUCAGCAAAAGGCGUCGCUAUUCUCCAGGCUGUCAUGAUACCCUGGAGCCCGGGGGUGUUUCUUGAUAUCUACAAGGAAACGGAACGAGUUUUUGAUGAGGUCAAGCCUGAUCUGACUAUCGUUGAGCCGCUGUUCACCCAAGGUUUGACCUUCUGUCACCAUCGAGGUGUCAGGUGGAUGGUCCUUUCGCCGAAUACGAUUAAAGAAUUUGCUGUUCCGGUUCAGCCAAACUUAGCUGCUUUGUGGAAGUACCCAAUGCAAGUGGUCCCUCCAACAGCAGAUGAAAACACUUUGACUGACCCCAGUAGUGCUUGCUCAGCCCUACCCUAUCCCAUACCAUGGAGCCUCAUCCCCUGGAACAUAUGCUUUGGCUUUGUGGCUGGCUACACUCUCCUCACAGAUACAAGACUGAAAAAAACGACAGAGAUUCUUAGGCGCGAGAUAGACCCUUCCAUCUUGCUCAUGACGAUGAUGGAACUCGGUGUUCUGAGGCCAGCGCCGCCAAACCUACCAAUUCUUGUGGCUAGCAGUCCUGAUAUUGACUACCCAUUCAGCGUCAUCCCUCCACAACUGACAUCUUGCGGUCCCAUAAUACGAGCUGCUCCGCCCAUUAGGGAAGUUGAUGCCAACUUGAGCGAAUGGCUCAGCCAAGGUCCAACGAUAUAUGUCAAUCUGGGCACGCAUCACAAAUCAAAUCCUACAGAAGCUCAUGAAAUGUCCCAAGCCAUGAGAAAGGUUCUCGAGCACGCCGAUACUCUGCAGUCUGCGGGGAAGCUUGUUCAGAUUCUGUGGAAGCUAGGACGCGUACCUAGCUUAUAUAAAACAAGGCAGAGUCCGCAUCACGGACUGGCUUGUCGCUGGGCCAAAAUCUGUCCUCGAAUCACAGAACAUCAUUUGUUCAAUUGCUACGAUUUCGCGAACCGUGUUGAACUACUCGGUAUCGGGCGUUGGGCGAACAAGCAAGCAAAGCCUCGAUGGGAAGAAGACGAGCUCGCUGGCGCGUUGUUGGAGGUUCUGUUUGGGUCGGAGUCCGCGGGGAUGCGAGUGAAGGCAGAGGAGGUUGCGAGUCGCCAUCCGCAGUGGAAGGGUCGGCAAAGGGCUACUCAAGAGAUUCUCAAGUACUUGACGAGGCUGGAAUACUGA